AUGGCUAGUGUUAGCUACUACUCUACUUCUAAAUUGGAACCAAAUGUUGAAGAAGAAUUCAACUCAGAAGAAAUGAUGACUAUGCAGCACCUUCUAUUUGAUUUCAACUACGAUGUUGAACAGAGCCUUUCAGAUGAAAAUCAAGAUCAAGAUUGUUAUUUCGAUCCAGACGAGUUUAUUUUACCUGUUGAAAUGAAUAAGAAUUCAGAGUACUCUGUUUUCGAGAAACAACAAAAGGUCUUUCAAGAUAACAUAAUAACUCAUAAUUCUUGUUUCAUUCCAGACUACUCUGUUUUUGAGAGCACCCCAAAACGUCAAAAGUUUUUUCAACAAGACUUCCUUCCAAAUAGUACUCACAAUUCAUGUUUCAUGCCAGAGUACUCUGUUUUUGAGAAACAACAAAAGGUCAACUGUCAAGGUUUGUUCAAUGAGGGGUUUGUGCCAAAUCCUCCAAUGUUUGAGGAUUUUGCCUCGUAUUUGCUUCCAGAAAUUCCUAUGCCUGUUUUUAGCAGCAAUAAUGCUGGAGUUGUCACGAAGAAAGGCGGUAGUAAUAAUAAUAAUAAUGAGAAGAAGAAGAUGUCAGCACAGAGUAUCGCGGCGAGGCAGAGGAGGAAGAAGAUUAGUGAUAAGACACAAGAAUUGGGUAAAUUGAUACCUGGUGGACACAGAAUGAACACUGCUGAAAUGCUUCAAGCUACUUUCAACUAUAUUAAGUUGUUGCAAGCACAAGCUGGACUUCUUGCAUUCAUGGGAUCAUAUCAGGAAUCAUUUGAAACAUCAAAUUUGCAGAAACUUGUUGGAUCUUCCUUGAUUCAAGAAAAGUUGUAUUCAAGUGAACAUUGCUUGGUUCCAAAAGUGUUCCUUGAAGCACUAGAAAAUAAUCAAGAAUUCCAAAAUUCACAAGUCCUUGAGGAAAUCAAAACUUUGAUCAAAUGA